GGAGUCAUCACAUGACUGGGCCCGGAGCUCAAUGCUGCUAGAGAGUGAGCAGCAGGGAGACGCUUACUACAGGUGAGCUCCGCGAGGUAGACCGCAGUGACGUCAUCGGGUGCAUUAACCUCUUCGUUACUGGAAGUGUCAAGAGUCUCCCUGAAUGCUGCGCUAUGGAGGUGACCCAGGGAAGUCCUCUGAUGCUGCCCCAUACUUUGCAGGAGCUCCUGGGUCAUGACACCGUGCAGGUGGAGCUCAUCCCUGAGAAGAAAGGCUUGUUCCUGAAGCACGUGGAAUACGAGGUGUCCAGCCAGUUCUUUAAAACUUCAGUGUACAGAAGAUACAACGACUUUGUCAUGUUCCAGGAGAUGCUGUUACAGAAGUACCCCUACCGGAUGGUUCCGGCUCUGCCGCCAAAAAGGAUGAUCGGAGCUGACCGUGAAUUUAUAGAAUCUCGGAGACGGGCGUUAAAGAGGUUCAUCAAUUUAGUUGCCAGGCACCCCUCUUUCUGGGAUGACUCCCUCGUGAGCAUAUUCCUGUCAUACAAUGGCCAGGAUGUGCAAAUCAAGAUGCGGGAAUCCAGUCGCGGGGUCGGAGAUGAAUAUAUGACGACUGCAUUUGCUGCGCAGGCUAAGGAUUUCCUCCCCGCCGAUAUCCAGGUUCAGUUUGCUGCCAGCAGAGAACUCAUCAGGAACAUCUUCAACAGCUUCUACAAACUGCGGGAUCGUUCGGAGAGGAUGGCGUCUCGGGCCAUCGAUAACGCAACGGAUCUGCUGGGCUUUGGAAAAGAACUAAGUGCCUUGGGCUCGGACACUACUCCUCUGCCUUCCUGGGCGGCUCACAGCUCCUGGGGUGCACUGAAGCAGGCACUUAAAGGGCUUUCUGUUGAGUUCACCAUACUUGCUGACAAGGCAGCCCAGCAGGGUAAACUGGAAGAAAUUGACGUGGUGGAGAAGUUAAAUCUGUUCCUGGAUCUUCUUCAGUCCUACAAGGAUCUGUGUGAGAGGCACGAGAAGGGGGUGUUACACAAGCACCAGAAAGCCUUACACAAGUACAGCCUGAUGAAGAGGCAGAUGAUCAGCGCCACCGUGCAGAAUAAGGAGGCAGAGUCUGUGGAGCAGCUGGAGUCACGUAUUGUCGAGCAAGAGAACGCAAUCAUGGUCAUGGAGUUAAGAAACUAUUUUUCCUUGUUUUGUUUGCACCAAGAAACCCAGCUAAUCCACAUCUACCUGCCCCUCACCUCCCACAUCCUCGGGGCAUUUGUGAAUUCACAGAUUCAGGGACACAAGGAGAUGAACCAAGUCUGGAAUGAACUGAAGCCAAAGCUGAACUGCCUGUUUGUAGGACCCUCCAGCCUGGUUAGCCCACCACUGUCCCCAGAGGAGAGGCAUUUCUUUUCUCGCUAGUAGAAUGUUCUGUGUGAUUUAUAUAAAUGGGGAUUUUGGGACCGUGAUAUGUUUGUCCUAAGGUGAUUCCGUGCACACACCCAUAGCAGAUGCUAGCGGGGUGCUGACCGUUGAAUGCAAGAACCACUUCAGAAAGUUUAUGGUUGUAAUAGCUUCACAUCAGACUUAAAAUGCAGCUGAGUAAAUUUUAAUUUGAAAAUAAUGACUUUCUAAUAUAUAUACUACACUCCUGAUCGCCUUACUGCUGCCAUAAUGUGAAUAUUUUGCUUGCUCUGUGGUUGUCAUGGUAGCAUCAACAGACUUGUACAUGGACUUCCUGUCAUGUGGCUUGCAUUCACAGCAGUGGAGGUCACAUGACAGGAAGCUCAUGCUCAGACGACUUAGAUUUAUAUUAUUGCAGCAGUUUGUAGAUCGGUUGAAGAAGGGGAGCAACGAGGAGUAAAUUACAUUCUUCUCAAUUUUUUUUUUUUAAAGGUACGUAACCCCUUUAAGAUGUGUUCCAUGGGUCAUUUCCGCCAUGGACAAUACGGUCACGUUAUUACGUGUUACUGAAUAGACUUUUUGUACCAUUGAGGUAAAACUGGAAUUAACUGACAUGUAAGGCUCUUCUGUGUCAUUCCACGUAGCUGAGGUCAGUGUGCAUUUGGUUAGGUUUUGGGACAUGAAUUACAUUGAAACCUUAGCGGUAAUGUUCAUAUUGUGCUUGCUCUGGAGUUGCCAUGGGAGCGUCAACUGACUAAUUCUACUGUACAUGGGUUUCCUGCCAUGUGACCUCCUAUCAUGAAUGUUUCCUUAUGAGUGUAGGUCAGAAUGCUACUGCAGAGUUAGCCGAUGCUACCAUGGUAACCCCAGAGCAAGCGGAAUUACUGUAUAAACACUAUUGCAGUGCCACCUGAAUGGUUCAGAAGAGGGCUAUGUGUAAGGAUGGGCUUACACAUAGGCUUUUAGUGGCGCUUUUGCAAUUACAGUGGCAUUUUUGCACCUGGUCUUUUGCAAUAAAUUACCAGAUAUUAGCUGAAAAUACAUAAAAAAUUGAAUCGCGUAACAGUUUUUUUUGGGGGGUGUUUUUGUAAUUAGGUGUUUUUUUUUUUACCUUUCUUUCCUCUAUAGGAAAAAAAAAAAAACACCAGAAAACUAAAAAUUCACAAAGAAAAAAAAAACACCACUAAAAAACGGCAGCGCAUUAUUUCUGCGUAAAGCGAUCUUACACGCCAGUAUAUAAUGUGCGCGAUUAUAAAUCUAAGAAGGCAAGACUUAUAGGAAAAAUCCACUGCCUCUUCAUGUAUAUAUAGUUUAGUUACAGAAUUAUUAUUAUAAAGGAAUUUAUUGUCCUCUAUCUGCAGAGAAAUAACCGAAUAUAAUUUAUUCCAAAUCUCUCUAACAUAUGUAAAUCUUUAUGCUGGAAAUUUGAGGUGGUUGCUUGACGUUGCACUUAGUAUUGGGUUGUGCAGGAUCAUUCCAGCAGACUUGUCCCUAUGACACUGGCUGACCUGUCACGUGUGCUUGGCAGCUGAAGACAUCUGUGGCUGUCCUAUGUCCAUAGGUGCCCGCAUUUCUAAGAAAAAUCGUGUUUUAAUAAAUGCAAAUGAGCCUCUAGGAGCAACGGGGGCGUUGCCAUUACACCUUGAGGGUCUGCUUUCUCUGCAGCUGCCACGUCCUUUGCACUUUGACAGGACCAGGCAGUGAAAACAUGAUCACACCUGGCCCUGUCAACCAAAGUGGAGAGGGGCGCAGCAGUUGCAGAGAGAGCAGAGCCUCUAGGUGUAAUGGUAACGCCCCCGUUGC